AAAUUGUUAACCCAAUUGUUUCACUCAACGAGUCGCUCCGUGGAGGGCGGGUACAUGUUGUUACUGUCCGCUGCGGGAGCUCCCCGCCCAGGCGGCACACGGCAGUAGACCCAACGAGCGCUCCCGCAGACGGAGCCAAUCGCAGAGCAGAGUGCGCGGGAUUUGAACAACUGACCAACGGAUGAAGAGAAACUUCGCUGCUCCGAGACUAGUUGGUUAGGGUUAUCGGUUUUUAACCGAUAAACUCCGAGUUAGAGUUUAACCAGAACUAAACUAGAACCACUCAACUACCCGCGGUUAACCCACAAGUUCAACCACAACACGAGCUGAAGUCCACGAUGAGAAAGAGUGAGGUGCUGGCAGCAGAGGCGGUGUCCUGCCUGAACAAAGCUCUGUGUCACCUGAAGGACAUCUGGGAGGAGAUUGGCAUCCCGGAGGACCAGAGACUACAGAGAACUAAUGUGGUUAAGAACCACAUCAAGGGCUUACUAGAAAUGAUGAUCAAAGAAGAGGAGUGUCUGAAGAAGAGGCUCGUCAGCAGCCUUCACACAUGCAGGACAGAAAUGGAGAAACUCUGCCUGGAACUUCAGCUGCCUGUGUUUGAGGAAGAGGAGGGCGUUAGCAUGCUCCAGCAAGAGAAGAACAUCCGCACACAGGUGGAGGCCCUGAUGAAGCAGAGGACUCGUAGGAUGCAGCAGCUGAAGGAUCUGCUGGAGCAGGACCAGGAGCUGUGCGACAUCUUGUGCUCGAUGCCAUACGGCAUCGCUCCAGAAUCUGUGCCGUCACCGGAGCAACUGGAGAACUUCUGCCAGCACAUCACCAAUCAGAGCGCAGAGAAGGCAAAGCGUUAUGCUGAGUUCAUGGACCUGAAAAAGCAGAUCAUCUCAUACAUGGAUGAGCUGGACCGCAUCCCUGACACCAGUUUUGAGAAAGACGUGGUCUGUGAGGACGAGGACUCGUUUUGUCUUUCCAGAGACAAUAUUACCGCGCUCAAGCUGCUCCUUUGUCAGCUGGAGGAGCGGAAGGCAGAGAAUGAGGCGAUGUGUGAGACUCACAGAGAGAAGAUCCAGCAGCUGUGGGAGCGACUGCAGGUUCCUCAGGAGGAACGAGGCGCCUUCAGUGAGCAUAUGGUCACAUCCAAGAAGAAGAACCUUGAGGCGUUGCAAGCGGAAGUUCAGCGUCUGGAGGAGCUCAAACUGUUGAACAUCCGCAGUGUCACAGAUGCCAUCCGCUCCGAGAUGGCUGUGCUUUGGGAAAAGUGCUUCUUCAGCACUGACCAGCGAGAGGCCUUUGCACCAUAUUUUAGUGAGGAUUUUACUGAGGAGCUGUUGUAUCUGCAUGAUGCUGAGAUCCAGCGCUUGAAGCAGCAUUAUGAAGACCACAAAGAGCUUUUUGAUGGAGUUCAACAAUGGGAAGGAAGCUGGAGACUCUUCCAAGAGCUGGAGAAAAAAGCCACAGAUCCGGCAAGAUUCACAAAUAGAGGAGGGAAUCUUCUCAAAGAGGAGAAGCAGAGGUCUGAGCUGCAUAAAAGUCUGCCCAAGCUUGAAAGGAAAUUAAAAGCCCAGAUGGAUGCGUGGGAGAGUGAACAGGGUCGGGAGUUUCUGGUAAACGGACAGAAGUUUCUGCAGUAUGUGGAGGAACAGUGGGAACUGCACCGACUAGAGAAAGAAAGGGAGAAAGAAGAAAGGCAUUUUAAGAAGAGCAAACAGACUGAGGAGGAUAUGCUGUAUGGAACAGCUGUGCGAACACCGACCAAACGCAGAUUCCUGGGCACCACCACACCAAACAAUAAAUCACGAAAGUUUAAUGCCACUGCCAGUAUUUCUAGUGCCACCUCCAACAGCACCAUGCGCUCCGUCUAUGGUGGAACUGUCUGUCGCUCACCUGUGCCCCGCCCACCUCUCUCAGCAAACAAGUGUCCAGCGGCACGAACACCAGGAGGCAGUAAACCCCCCCAUCCCAGACUACAGGGCUGUAACAAGGAAAACGAGGCUCAGUUGAAGGGAAUCCCGCUGAGUGGUGCGUUGCUGACCCCCGCUAGUCCACAGCGUAACUUCAGCCUAGCUUCUGUUGCCAGCACUUAUUCAGAGUUUGUGAGGGACUUGGUCAACAUUGAAUCUGUUCAGUCAAGCGAGACCUGUCCAAGGCCUCUGACGCCAAGGUCCAGCACAACAUCCUGAACUCCACCAGCAGCAACCUUUGACCCCUCCACUCUGAUGUGACUGCAUCAUUCAAAUACAGUACAAUGAAGUUUUGUUGAAGAUGGCUCACUACCUUUCACUGCUAUCAGCUAUUUUAUAUGUAAAUGAAGGUAAUAAUAUAUUUAGUGUUAAGUCAGUGAUAGACAAGAGUCACUGUAAGAGGACUAAAGUUUGUAUAAGUUAAACUAACACUCAUUUCUCUCUGGGGGUUUUCUAUUUCCAGAUGUAAAAUCUGUCGUCUGCACAUUUUUUAAAACCUAAAAAAGAAAGUUAAGCUUUCUGAGCUUAUGCAAUCUGGGGUCACAGGCCAAAUGUAUUAUGAGUACAUUGCACUUUAAAAAAAAAUAUAUUGCAGCGCAUCGUACAUUUAAAAACACUAGUCCUUCCAAAACCUUAUUUUCUACAUGCAUGUAUCUGUGUGUGUGUGUGUAUAUAUAUAUUUCAGUUCCUGUUGUAAUAAAUGUUUGUCAAAGAUG